GUUGGGCACGUAGGUUUAGGUGCAGAAGCCGCUAACCCACUAUGUUUCACACUAUUUUUUUUCUUAUAUAUGUAUAUGCAAGAUUUCAGCGUCAGACAAGAAACCAUUGACAUUCCAAGAUGGCAGAAAACAAGGUUCCUGAAAGUUGUAACAGCAGGAAAGAAAGACAGCCAAUUUCUGUACCAUUUGUUUGGGAAGAAAGGCCAGGAGUGGCAAAGAAGGAUUGGAAGCCGGUUGAUAAACCUGUAAAGAAGUUUGUUCCUCCGGUGAAGCUUGUAGCUUCGAUCCCAUUUGAGUGGGAGGAGAAGCCGGGGACGCCACUUCCCAGCUUCCCACUUCCACGCCCAUCUGUAGAGUCAUCUUCCCAGGAGAGAAUCUUUGGCUCGGUGUUGCCUACCAGAAGAGAGGCUCAAGGUGAUGGCGACGAUUACUGGAUUGGUGCUGGUGGUGGUGGUGGGAACGACAACAGUGGUCAUCUGUGGGAAGCUUUUUGUUUUGAAUCAGAUGAUGACUCCUUCAGCUCAGCGCCCUCUUUGCUCGCUAAUGGCUUGAUAUCAACCUGGGAAAUCUCGAGCGCUGUUCCUGUGGAAGAAACUGUCAUGAAAAGUCCACCUUCACCAGUUUCUGAAACAGGCAGCACGAGCAGUUAUGCAACGGGCACUACUAGCCUAGUCGGGACUGCUUUCUUGGAGAAACUCUUUCCUUUAUUAUCACCUGAGUUAAACUCCAUUGAACAACAGGUUAGCCCCCGCUUAGAGAAGGGCAGUUCUCAAAAUCCAGAAAUAUGUGACACAGGUUCAGACUCAGACGGUAAUAGCAGCACAAUAAUAAGGAAACCACUGCUAACACUAGGAGACCUUAUAAUGAUGAGCCGAAGAAGAAGCUAUCAGAGAAAAGCUAACCAAAUGCAGAGAGAGCGUAUGCCUAUGAAAUUCAUAGAGAGGAGUGCUAUUGGAUGCUGCAUGUUUGGAGUUGGAAGAAGCGUUGAAGGAUUGCACACCAAAUGGAAGAGGCAAUUACAGCUUCUGUAAAAAUAACCCUGAACUUGUUUCAUGAUGUUACAUAGCAUAAAAACCGAUUAGUUGUGUGCUUUGUUAAGGAUCUCAAGGUGUUACCCUAUACCUUUCUAAAACAAGAACCUGUUGUACACAUUCCAAAUUCUAUUGUGCAAUGAAAGAUAUAAAGCUUGCAAUGA